AUGGUCGUCGCCGUUGCGCCUGUUCCUGGACAUACAGUGGUCCCUCUUGUGGCUGUAGACUGCAUCCUUCCGGAAGAAGGGGACUCCACAAUGGCCGCAUUUGAACUUUGCAGGGUUUCCGUGGUCGCGGCUGGCCUUGUGACGGGCCAUGUCGGACGCGCACGACAGCCACAAGUUGCACUCUUCGCAGACGUGUCGCCGUUGAGAGCCUUCCGAAGGACUGCGGUACAGCCUCGGGGGCUGGCUCGCCGGUGGGGUUCUCCACCCUGUAGGUGGACGUCGUCGAUUUGCUGUUUGUUCCUUGGAGGGCGCUGCCGGGGCUGUACGACGUCGACCACGAGCAGAGUUCUCCGAAAAAGACUGAGCGAUUCAGCUUUCUAUCCGCAUCCAUCCGAAGUGCGAGACGAUGGCAACGAGGGUGGUAAAGAAAGGAAAAGCGAAGGCAUUGAUGGCGUGCGGCGAUGCGCGCAAAACAAAGGAGCAAGUGUAGAGAAAGAGGAAGCGAACGAAUGAAAACGUUGAUCGUUCCCGGCGUCAUUUAUGUGUGUAAUUGUUCUACCUGGUAGUCGAGUUGAUGCCGAGGCCCCCCUCAUAGAUGUCCUUCGCAAUUCGUCUCCGACUCUGUAAUCACAUU